UGACUUUACCGAAUAGAACCAAAGAGUAUUUAAAUCACCUCUUCAAAAUUGGCCUUCUCCCUCCUCGUUCUGGCCCUUUUUUCCCCUGCAGCUUCCAUUUAAAUUCCUUGCUUUCACUUGCAUGGCGGCAGUGCAUUGGGGAUCUACGGAUGAAUUGUGCCUUUCAAAAUGGAUUAAGAUGUCGAGAAACACCAACUCAAACAAAACCCCAUUUCAAUGGUUCACAUCGAGGCCCAGUCGUGGCAUUGUCUUCAAACUCAGCAAAGGUUCGGGAACGAAUUUCGAUGCAAGCAGGAGGUCAAGCGAUUCCAAAAACGAGGGGCAUGAAUUCAGAAUGAUGCCAGACACAGAAGCCUUUGAUUAUCGCAGAAUGUACGAUGCGUUGACUGGGGCUUUCACAAAUUAAUUUGUGAGCGUUUCGAGCUAUUUAAUUCGGCACAUGUUACCGAUGUAUAAUGAUUCUCGCGAAUGCAUUUGAUUCACAUCGUCUAGCUGAUGGAUACCUCAAUAGUUGAUGUUCAAGAGUUUAUCUAAUUCGCUAGUUGUUGUUAUAAGAGUUAACAUGUUAAUAACGUUGAUACUGUUAAAUUGUGUUACUAAUAUCGUGGUAUUUUUAUAUUAUAUAGUGGUCUGGUAUUAGUUGGAAGACUGAGUAUUUUGGUGGGAAGAAUGAGUGUUGAUUUUGUCUACGACCGCUAGGGGCGCAAGAGGAACCCGACGUACCAGUGGGGGGCAUCUGAGACGCAAGCUUCUGCUUCACGUGGACUGAGAGGCCUAAAUCUCACUCUGCUAUGGCCACCAACGCCUCCUCAGAACUCUCCUUGUUCACGCCCGACCUCAUCCUCAUGGUGACCCCAUUCCGAGAGCCACCCAGCGUGAAGUUCGCGGUGUUCUUCUUCACCCUGGCCAUGUUCACCGCGGCCCUCGUGGGCAACUGCCUCCUGAGCCUCGUCAUCCUUCGAGAUCAUCAGCUGCACAAGGCAAUGUACGUGCUCAUGGCCGCGCUGUCGCUCACCGACAUCAUCUCGGCGCUCAGCAUCCUGCCCCGGUUCAUGCAGAACGUCGCGUCCUUCAACUACAUCAGCCUGCGCGAGUGCAUGGCACAGAUGUUCUUCCUGCACCUGGCCAUCAGAAUGCAGAGUUUCACCCUCACCAUCAUGUCCGUCGACCGCUACCUGGCCAUUGGCUACCCACUCAGGUACCACUCUCUCAUGUCCUGCCGCACGGCCGUUGUGGCCUUUAUGGUCGCGACUGCCUCGUGCGUUCUCAUGUGCCUGGGCAACGUCGGUGUCGUGGUCCCCCUCAACUACUGCAAGCCGCCGGUCAUCGUCGCUCCGUACUGCGACUACCUCGUGGUGCUGUUCCUGUCUUGCGGGGACUUGAGCGGUGCCGUGGCCUACGUCCAAGCAACGCUGGCCAUCACCAUGGUGCUUCCUGUGUUAGUGAUAGUCCUCACGUACGUGCUCAUCCUCUACGAGUGCCGCAAGCCAGGCCUCCGCAGAGGCCAGCGGAAAGCGCUCAAGACUUGCGGCACCCACUUCUUGGUCGUGGCUGUUUUCUUCGCCGCUAUUUUCUUUUCGUUUGCAAGCGGACUCUCGUUCCUGAAUUCGCUCCCCAGGCCGCUGCGCUACACACUCCAGACGGCGCAGUACGUGUUCCCGCCCGCGCUUAACCCGGUCAUUUACGGCCUUCGAACGGCAGAAAUAAGGCGCAGUUUCAUCAGACAGUUCCGUAGGAAGGUGGUGGAUGGAAAGUCGGAGAGUCUGGGGAACGCAGGUGACUGAACUAUUAAAGACAUCGGAAUAUGACAUAGUAAUUCAUCUAAACAGCCAACGGUGAUUGAACCGAGUUGUUAAAUGUAGCUAGGCGAUAGUCUCAGCUCGGUCACCAGUGACCGCAUGGAGAUCACAAUGGCAUUAUAUUUGUAUUUGGUUCUGGGACCCAUUCCAUCACUAACUCACACUGGCCAAUCAUUGUAAACUAAAGUUAUACAAGCCCCAUGAUUGACAAGGUGUCAGGAGGUCUUCAUCCAGUAGUCGGUUGACAAAUUAACUGUUCAUAAAAUAUUAACACAUACGAUAUCUUAGCGAUGUUAUAUAUUUCACAAUCGUUUGUGUUCCUAUGUGUACAUUCAGCAUACGGGCAGGACGUUGUGUUGGGCACAUAAAGUAAUGUAGCCGUGGUCGUGUAUGCGAAUUACGUGUAAUAGGUCACAAGCCAGUGAUUUAACAAUAUAUCGUCAAUGUGUGUAUGGGUGGUAUACGUGUCAAUGUGGCACAAAUGUUUUGCCGUAUCGCUUAUAUGUAAAAUAAAAAAAAGCCAAACACAUACGCGACUGAGGUUGAUUCGCGAGAAUGUUUGAUUCGUGUCUCGAAUCUUUAAACAACAACA